ACCAGGAUCCGAGCGAAGUUGAAAAGAGAGAAAAUUGUUUGCGCGGAUGCAAAUACUGUUAGAAAUAUUGUGCCCAAUGGGGUUUUCACUUCUGAAGAUCACAAAAAUGUCUUCCUCGGAAAUAGAGCCAUCCAUGUGAAACAGGACACAGCCCUCAGUAUCAGAUGGGGCUCUCAACGCGACCUGAACGUGGCGAGGAUUAUCUCCCCGUCAAAGAACACACUUCCUUGUGCUGACGAGUGGUGUGUCACACGGAAGCAUAAAUCCUUAUGGAUUGUCUUGUUUCCUUUAGCCGGAAAUUAUGUUGUCUUAAAGUUUGUCACUUCUGGUAACCUUCAUCGUCAAAAAACACAGAGAGCAUGUAACCGAGACACUCCUGAUUUUUAGCUCGUUUUGCUAUCAUUAUCACAAGCCAUCACCGACUUUUGUCUGACUGCAGCUGCAUGAUUUGAACACAUUUAAAGCCUGCAGCCCAAGAUCAUUCAACGAUGAACAAGACAACAAGUUACACCCAGGCAUUUUGGGGUACAGAAUUCACAAGCACAGCAGGAUUUGAUACACUAGCUCGACAUAAUUAUGAACAGAGGAAGUUCCUCCAAGAAUAUGAAGAAUACCUACGCAAAAGCUGGGAGAAGCAUGGCAAUGUCUGAAGGGUGAACUGGAAAAUCGACAGCAGACGCAUCAGGAGGCUGGGCUUUUUUUCACACAGCAUGCAGAAGAAACAAGGCGAUUUUGUCGUGACCUCACAAGUCGCCGGGAUUCUAUGGAGGAGAGGAUAAAAAAGCUUCAGAAUCAGAAGAACUCGCAAUAUAAUAAGUUAAUGACACUCCAUAAAACAUACACCCAGAAAUGCAGGGAGCAAGAUGAAUGUAAGGAACAGUAUUCUGUGUUGCGCAGCAAAGUUACUUCCACCACAAAAGAGCUAGAAAAGGCCAUCACUAGGAGGGAUAAAAGUGUGGAUGAAGCUACUAAAGCAGAUGCAGUUUAUAAAACUGCUGUGCAAACACUGGAUGAGAUUCGCCUAGAAUGGGAGAGAGAGAUGGAGCGUGGCUGCAAGGAGUUUCAGGAGAGUGAUGAGCAGCAAAUUCACUUUAUGAGGUGUGAGAUAUGGUUGGCAGCCAACAAAGACUCAGAGGUGGCUCUAGCAGUAGAUCAGAGCAGUGAAAAAGUAAGGCAACUUUUGGAGAAUUGCAAUAUCAAUGAAGACAUCCUCACUUUUAUUAAUACAAACACAACUGGGACAGUCCGUCCAGAAAGAGUGGUAUACCAGAAUUAUUAUGCUGACAACAGCAACAGUAAUGGGCAAUCUCCAAAACAGAAGGCUCCUCAGAAACGAUUACCAUUGCCUGCCCAAGCUAUGCAGCCACCAUUGCGAUCACCUGUCGCAAUGAAAACACUUUAUGACAAUGCCAUCCCUGGUUCUUCAGUCUACUCUACUGUAGAUUCCUCCCCAUAUUGUACAAUAGAUUCUUCAGUCUAUUCUACAGCAGAACCCAUUAGUGAUGACCUGUAUGCUACAGCAGAUCCACCACAGGGCCGUGGCCCAUGCGUCUUCACAGUUAUCAAACCCUACACAAGUCAGUCUCCAUCAGAUCUGACUGUGCAGGUUGGGGAGAUAGUCACACUUGUACGUCGCAUGACACCAUACAUAAUUCAGGUCCGGUCACAGCAAAAUAAAUGUGGUAACAUUCCAGUUGUGUGUGUAAGAGAGAAAGUGUGACCUGACUGCUACUUUAAAAAAAAAAAAAGUAAUGUGAUCAAGAACGGCAUUCCAGCAUCAUUCUCUUUGCAGACAUCAGUCUUUCAUUGUGAAAUUGUUGUUGAAGCUAGGGUGUGGCAAGAACACACUGUCCUUUUUAUUAUUAUGCUGAUGGAACAAUUAUAUAUAGCAGUAGACAAGAAUGGUGCUUUGCAUGGGCUGUUCAUGUUUUCAAGCUAAUUUUUACUCUAGAUUUCUUAGUAGAUGGUUAAAUUUUUAUAAGCUUGUUGUCUUAUUCACAGUAAAUUUACCGCUGUUGUAUAUUGGCAACACUUCUAGUUUAAAGAAAUUUAUCGUUUUGUAAGCAGCAUGGUUGCUGAUCACUAUCUUUCAUUGCUGGGUUUUUGCUUCUCCAGUGCAGUGAUACUAUUGAAGGGUGUAUAGAAGUGUUGGUGUUGCAGCUGAGUUGUUAGAAAACAACUGUUUGUCUUUUUUUUUUUCAAGUGGCAUCCAACAAAAAUAAUUUAUUUAUUAUGAAAUUGGUAAUAGUUGUUUAAAUAUGAUGAUGAAAUUAUCAGUUUUUGUGUUACAGCAAGUUAAAAAGUAAGAAUAAUCAUAAUGACUUUGCAGUUUAAUUAUGACAAUGAAUGUGGUGAUUUUAAAUAGAAUUUAUAAAGCACAUUUGCUGGUGGAAUGCUCAGGAUGCUUUACUCAUUGGACUACAGUUUAACAGACAGCAAAGGACACAGUUAAACUGUUAGUUAUUCAGGCUACUCAGUGGUGAGCAUGACAAAGCAUGGAUAAAUAAGAGGAGUGAGCAGAAUUAGUUAAUUAUACAAGGUAUUUUUUAAAGAGGUGGGCUUUAAGGUUGUAUUUGAAAGCUCACUUCAGUACAAAGAGACUGAGUCAGGAGCAUAGCUCCAGCAAAGGUGUGGGCAUCUGUCAAAAAUUACAACACAACACCUUAGAAGUUGUAAACAUAAUCCAGUUAUGAACAAGACCAUUUAAAUCAACAUAAGAAUUAAAAGAGAGGCAUUGGGGUGGAGAAGAAGAAGCAUUAUCCAAAUUUCUCAUCUAAUUUGUGGCACAGAGAAGUGGUCAGCAUUAUCAUAUCUGUCAGAGGUUGAUCUUAAAGUCAUAAUCUGCACAGCACGACGAUGGUGGGCUUGCCCAUUGUAAGGAGCAAAAACACUCUUAAGAUGUCAUAAUACACAAUGGACUGUGAAUCUGAUUGAAUUGUUCCUGCGUGGAACAACCACUCCACUUCUUUAAGUUUUUCAGCAAAGUAUCAUUUGUCAUAUGGCCGAACCAGACCAGCUUACACCUCUUGACUAUUGCAAGUAGAAACUCAUAGGGUCUUAUGAAUGUGGCAGCUGUGCUUCAUACAAAGUCACUGGCUUUAUGUUCCCUGUAUGCAGCCUUCUCGUGCAUUUAUUCUCAGAUGCCUGGAUUGUCCGCUCCUUAUCGGCAAGGAGAGUCCAUGCUGACUCAUAAAGAAUUAUCCUACUGGCCAUUGUUGGCCACUGUCUCACACACACAUAUGUACAACCAAUGCAGAUCACUUUUAUGUAUGCACUUUGCUUAAAGGAAGUGGGAAGGAAUGGUGUCUUAGGGCCUCAGUCAAUGCAACAGGAUGCUUUUAAGGUGACAGACUUGAGUGGUCUGAUUUCAUGGGUAUGGUGGUUAUAUUCCUAAGUUAGUUUAGGCUACCUACCUCAGAUUGAUAAUGAAGAUAUUUUUGUCAUCUCACUGGCUAAGCAUAGCAACAACAAGACUUAUUUCUGUGUGAUGAUUCAUACUGUCUUAACUCUAGUGUUUUGGCUGUUUGCAUGCUCAAGAAAGUCAUAAAUUUAUGGCGAAAGUGAGGACACUGACAGUCCAGUGAGUACAAGUCAGUGACUUUGUGCAGAACCUAGCACCUGUUACAGUAUAGUUUUACACUUUAGUUUUUGUAAUGACUGAGCAUUCUCUUUUAUUUGAUAGCCAAUCAUUUAAUGAGAGACUAUCACGUGUUGCUGCUGUCCUGGAUUUUGGGCCAUAUGUUACGCCACAUUAUAUGAUAUUUCAGAUACACUGCUGCAGCUUUAUUAUUAUCCAUGCUAUAUCUCAUGCUGUGAUUUGUAUUUUUAGCACUGAAACUUGCUUAUAAUUUUAACCAUAAAUUUUGUUUGUUUUUUUUAUUAUUAUUGGACUGCUUGUGCCUCAGUAAGAGUCAAAGGCCAUUUCUUCACUGAAUUUAGUGAUAUACUUUCUUCAGCAUUGUCAGUUUUUGACUUUUCAUCCUUUGACAAAAAAAGAUGAGAUGCAGUUUUCAAUAAAAAUCAUAUUUUUAAAAAUUUCUCUAAAGCUUUAAAAUAAUACUUUAAGAAGUGCAGUCUUUCAAAUAAAUUGUUACACAAUGCUGUCCUGGAAAUGUGCAAAACAUAUCAGAUUUUUGAAAGGGGUAUUGUGAAGUAUAUAUUACUACACUUUGCAUUACCUUAUAACAUGUGCCUUAAAUGCUUCAAAAUUAUGAUGAAAAAGGUAAACUCCCAAAAAAUACCAGGUCAGGCAGUGGAAUAAAAACACCAAAGUGCAUCCAUUGGCUACUUCCCCUUAGUGGAAAGUAAUUCUUUCAAUUUACUGAUAAUCACACUUUUUAUUUAUUGUUUUGUUAUGUGCCUUCAAUUCAAGAUUGCCAGCCAGUCAGUGUUUGUAUUUUUCCCUUUGAAUAUAGAUAUAUAUCAAUUUAAAAUAGGGAAUCAUAGUUGACCAGAAAAGUGCCUUGGAAAAAAAUAUUUUUGAAGCAUUGUGUACAUUAGAGCAAUGUAGAUAGUAAAGAGUGCAGUUUGGACUUAUUCAUACAAACAGCAAGAAGAAAUUUCCGAAUAAUUGAUAUUGAGGGCUGCUUCUUUUCUUCUUUAAUUUUUUUUUUAAUAUAAGGGUGGAUCUUGAUUUUAUGUUUGGAAGAUGAAAAGUCUUUUCUGCAUUUAUUUCUUGGUAUAAUUUUAUCUAUUUAGUCAGAUUGUAAAUUAAUUGAUUUAAUAUAAGAAAUACUUCUUAAUAAUUGUAUUAAAAGACAUUUUUCACAUAUUCUUAUGUAUGUGUACUAGUGUAUGCACAUUCCUGUGACUUUCUCCAACGCUCCAAACUCUACAUUUGAUUUUCUAGUAUCCUACUGACAUGCAAGACUGAAGAUGUUUUGAUUUUACUUUUACAUGCUUUCUCAAGAUAUGGUGUACCAUGUUAGAUCAUCUUAGGAAAAUAUAUUGUUAUAUACCUUAAACAUAGUUUGCAUACAGCUUGUUUUUUUCUGAGUAUGUUAUUUUAUCUCUCACAAACACACAAAGAGAACAGAAAAGGGUUAGAGGGAGAGUGUGUAUACAGUAAAUAGAAGCACUUGAAUUUGUUUUUAAUACUUACAGAUCGAUUAGUUUUACCUUUACCUAUGAUUUAUACUGUUUUUGUUAAGUAUUUGUACCUGCAUAUAUUUAACUGAGAAAGUGUGUGUGUGUGUAGAUGUCGCUUUGAGAUAUCCAGGCAUUCAUUUGUUAUACGCUGUUUCAACCAAGCUGUUAACACAACAAUAGGUAGGCCAGUCUUCAGUGUUUACAUACUGUGUCUAAUAAAUCUAUUGCAUUUUUUUGUAGAUCAAAUGCCAAGAUUAUGAUUUGCUGUAUUUAAAUUGUCUAAAACUGAAGGGUUGAUGGGGUGGAAGGGGAGGCCUUCCAGGGUUUUCUGGGUAUUAUCACAUAUAAUGUUUUGUUUUCUUACCAAAUUGGAAGGACACUGCUUCUGUCACUGAAUGAUAUAUGUAUAUAUUUUUUUCGAAAGGUUACUUUGAAAUGAACUGUGGAAAUUUGUUGUCGUUGUUCAGGUAAAUUCUUUUGUACUUUUCAGAGAAAUCUGAGUUUGCAAGACAUCUUAAAAAGUCAGAAUUUUAUUUAACUAGAGCAGAAUAUGGUUUGGGAAUUUGCCAGUCAUGUGCUGUUGAUAUACUAAAAGGAAAAUUAUGCGAAGUAAGCAAUUUCUUGGACACUUAGUGGAUAUUUUUGACAUGCAGUACUCUAGUAAAAUGUAUAUAGACAGUGAAAAUCUGGCUGCAAAGAUUGAAAAUAAAAUUAUGUGCAAAAUACCUUUAUAAAUUUCCCUUUUCAGGCAUUUUUUUUGUGGGGGAGGAGUGUGAAGCUCUUAAAAGUCUUGAAAACUGUAGGAGCAUUUUCAUCAUAAUCUCAGUGCUGUGAUUUUCCAGAUUUUUAGCAGUUUUGUUCAUAGUUUACACUGUUUUAUCAGAUUAAGGCUCAAUGUCACCACUGUCAGUGAUGCCCUUCACUCAACUUGCAAGGGGAUUUGUUUAAAAGCGUUUGCGAUACAUGCAAAACUAGUAUCUGCAUUUUUAAGUUUGUUCAGGGUAACAAUGCAAAGUGUGGGUUCAAAUACCGAUGGUAUUCAACUGGUUUCUGUUCAUAGUCAUCCUUCUGAUGGAUUGCCAUGAAAUAGCAAGCAACAUCCUGCCUGUCACAGGAAAAAACCAAAGCAGAUUGCUGAAGCAAAGAUAGGAAUUAAUAGCACUAAUAAGAAUAUUAUUAAUAAUAAACAAAAGGAUAUAAGCUAUAGAACUAAUAGCACUAAUAAGAAUAUUAAAUGAUGAACAACGGUUGUUGUAACUAGUGGUCUUUCUGAAUUCUUAAGCUCAUUAAGUUAACCAACAAACUGAAUCAAGCUCUGAAAGUACCAUAUGUACUGGACUAUUUUCAUGGCUUGUCUCAGUUCUCCAACACGUGUAAUUUUAACCUAAUGAUGAAAAAAAAAAUUGUUAAAGGAUGGCUGGUUGUAAUCAUGUUUUAGGUGUGCUUUUUUGCUGUUUACUUGAGAAUGUAUUAUCGAAUGGAAGUAAGUAGAGAGUUGGGCCAGUCACAUGUCUCUGAAUACAGGUGAAAUCAUGUUUGAAAAAAUUAGAUUUCCACGAGGAAUUAACUUUGAAAGGCUAGACCAGCCAACCGUGAAAUCAAGCUCAAAAGUGCUGGCAGGUUUAUGGAAAGAUCUAAUAUUGGUUUGUCACCAAAGCACUUUGCUUUAUGCACAUAUAUAUUUAUAUGUGUUUAAGCACUCAUGGUUAGCAUACAUAAAAUAUUUUGAUUCAUUGAAGAGUCUAGCCAAUGGGGGAAUGAUUAAAAUGCAUAUUAAUGAGGUCUUAUUAACUGAAAACCUACUUUUGUGACAUCAGUGUGGUUUUGAUCAGUUGAAAAUAAUUCUGUGCGCAGAGUAGCUUUUAAAAUUGCUGACUAUUUUACUCAAGAAUCCUCAGGCUUUUUAUAAACAUUAUUAUUUCUUUUUCUUAAUAUCUUUUCUUAAUAAUAUUGUUGCAAAUUAGGAGAGCCAGUGCUGGAGUGCUGGAAACCAAAUCACAUUGAAAACUUACCUCAUCAAGAGGUGCAAUAAAGCAUUAAAGUAAUUUUAUGCUUGUUAAAAUGGUCCCAUCCCUUGCCCACCCAUCAUCGAACAAAGGAAAGAUGCAAUAUUGGGUGUUUUAAUUUCUUUUUAUUUCACUUUUGUUUUAUGCAUUUCUCAUUCAUUUUGGUCUUGUCGUGCAUUAACACUUUCCCUGCAUUUCUAAAUGUGUUCUGCAGGGAACGAGUUAGUUGAUUUUUGCAAUCUGAAACACAUCUACAUGAGCUCUUUAAUACUCAACAACUAUUAAGAACCAACAGUUGCAAUCCAGAUUAAAUUUGUGAUUACAAUUUUAUGGGACAAUAAGCCAAAGCUGAGGUAACACAGCAGAUCUUUCAGGAGUGUACAAUUAUAGAGACAGAAGCAACAAAAGAAUGUUACUAUCUGCAGAGAUUUCAAACUUAUACUUCUGAAUGAUGUCAACUGUGGCUUCUGCUAGGUGUAAUACAUCAAAGCAAAUAGGUUGUAUAUUCAUUUUUGCUGGGGUGUGCUUUCUAGGUGUAAGGAUACAAGAUAAAAUGAUGCACAUUAUGUUAAAUAAUAAUAAUAAUAAAUUUUUAUAGAGCGCUUUUCCAAUGAUUUAUUCAAAAUUCUUUACAGAAUUAAUAUAGUUCCAUAAUUUUGUGUGCAUUUGCAUACUUGACAUGUAUAUUUUGUUAAUUGCUAAACAUCUUGGUGUUAUUUUGAAAAGAUAUUUUCUUGUGUAUUUGGGGAUGUUUGUGAGGGGGAGAGAAAUGAGAGAACAAGAUCAAGCCUCAAUGCUGCAAAGUGGGAAGAACUUAGAGGAAAGUAGGCUAAAUUUUAGUACAUGCACAAGUUUGGUGUUAAAGUUCAAACAGGAUACUGUCAAAGGAUACUCAGACUGUAGUGCUAGCUCAGGAGUGUUUUAUAUCAUUUAAUAAUAGCUUCAAAAUAGCAGGUGCUGUGUUGUUGGCAUUCUGUUGUCACUUAUGGGAUUACCUUAGACCUGGGUUUUAUUAUCGGUAUUGUCUAUGCUUAUAUAUGUACUAUAAAAAGAAGCAAACAGCUUUUAACACUAUUAAUUCACUGAAAAUGGAUCCUGUUUUCCCAUAAGUUCUUCCCACUGAGACUUGAUCUUUUAGUGCAGCUUGUUCUCCAUUCUUUCUUUAGAUAUAAAGAUAUACAGGAAUUAUAUUUUAAUUAUUGAAAUGUUCAUUUUGCCAUUUUUCUUCAUGUCUGAAAUAGUCUGAAAGGUGCAGUCUUUUGGUGCAUAUUGUUUGCCUCAGCUUUAAACUUUUGUUGCUUCUUAUUUCUGAAAAUGCUAUUGUGGACAUUCCAAAUGUUAUCAAUAAAAGGAUAUUCUAUAAAUAUUUUUAAUCAGAUAUUUUCUUUGCCUUGCAAGGUCAGUCUAACUAUAAGAUACUAUACUGAGAUUAUGUUCUUUUGUAGACUUUACCUUUCUCUACCUUUUUCAUGAGAAAAUAUUAAUAGCCUGUUUCUGAUGGGAUCAAUUAUAAUCUAUUAUAGCGCUUAACUUGGUAAGUUAAUUAGUUUCUAGAGUACAUUACUCUGCUUAUUAUUAAUAACCUUACUCAUAAUUACUUUUCUCUUUAGCUUUUCUGUUAGGUGUAGACCAAUGAUAAAGUCAUACUGUUCAAUAAAAUUGUGCAUGACGC